AUGGCUAAUAUAACUGAAUUCGUCAAACGUCCUGGUUUAGGUCGUUUAGGUCGUCCUAUAAGAAUUAGAACAAACUAUUUCGAAAUAACAAAUCUUCCUGCCUCCAAUAUUCAUCAUUACGACAUUGAUAUUUCACCAGAAGUUCCUCCAACUUUGAAUAGAAAAAUUUUUCAAAUAGCGGAAAAUUCUUUUUAUGGUAUAAGAGCUGUAUUUGAUGGUCGUAGAAAUGUUUAUACUAUCAGACCGUUGGAUGUACAUACAUUAGAUGUGACCUUACCAGAGGAUAAUACGAUUAGAAGACCUCCACGUAUUUUUAGAAUAAGAAUUAAGAAAGUCAAUGAAAUUCAUAUGGAAGAGAUCAAUAGAUUUCUUAACGGACGUGGUUCUAUAUCAUCAAAUAUUUUAACAGGCAUUAUGGCUCUUAAUAUAUUGAUCCGUCAUGUUCCAUCAACGACACUUAAUAGUGUAGGGAGAAUAUUUUAUACUAAUCAAGAUUCACGACCUCUUAGUGGAGGGGUAGAGGCUUUGCAAGGAUAUUUUCAAUCUAUUAGACCAACACCUAAGAAAUUGAUGAUAAAUGUUGAUUUACAUGCUACUGCUUUUUACGAAAGUGAUAGUUUAGUACAAUUAGUUGUAAAAAUACUCAAUAAGAGGUCCGCUGAUGAUCUUAGAAGGAUUCACGAUAGAGACCGUACAAAGCUUGAAAAAUGUUUAAAAAAUUUAAAAAUUUAUGCUACUCAUGAUGAAAAUGCUUUAAACCGCCGAUUUAGAAUUUUUAAAGUAACUAAUACUUCAGCUAGUAAUACUAUAUUUGAUGAUAAUGGUAAUCAAACUGAUGUUGCUUCAUACUUCCAAAGAAAAUAUAAUAUACAAUUAUUAUAUCCAUUCUUUCCUUGCAUUGUUAUUCGAAGUGGAACUUAUUUACCAAUGGAAGUAUGUAAUGUAGUUGAGGGACAACGUUAUAUGCGCAAAUUGAAUGAAAGACAAACGGCAAAUAUGUCUAAACUUACUCGUCCACCUCAAUCACAUGCUAGUAAAAUUAACCAAGGUAUCCAAAUUCUUAAUUACCAACAAAAUCAGUAUAUGCAACAAUUUGAUUUUCGGGUAUCUAAUGAGAUGGCCAUAACUCAAGCAAGAAUAUUGCCUGCUCCAAAACUACAGUAUCAUCCUACUUCAAGAGAGAGUAUUUUCACUCCAAGAAAUGGUUUAUGGAAUUUGAGGGAUAAGAAAGUUGCCACUGGUGCAACGCUUGGUUCAUGGGCAUGCGCUGUUUUUGGAAAUGAAAGAGAUUAUCCUAUGAGCGCUAUACAAAUAUUCAUUAGAGAAUUGGUUACCACAUGUCAAGACACUGGAAUGAAUAUUCCAAAUAAGAAUCCACCUAUUCAACAUUGUAACCCUCAGGGUCCAAUUGAAACUUCUUUGAGACAAGUUUGGGUUAAGGCUGGAAACUUGGCUAAAUCAAAACCUCAGCUGAUUCUUUGUAUUCUCCCCAACACUGGUGUACCGUUAUAUGCCGAAAUUAAGCGUGUUAGCGAUACCGUAAUUGGCGUCGCUUCUCAAUGUGUUCAGGGAAAACAUAUGUUUGCAGCAAAGAAACUAUAUUGUGCCAACGUUUGUCUAAAAAUGAACGUUAAACUUGGCGGCAUGAAUUCAUUUAUUGACCCAAUUCAAGUACCUUUCAUCACACAGCGCCCGACUAUCCUUAUGGGUGCUAGCGUUACUCAUCAUGCUCCAGGCGCAGAAAAUUCGGGUCGUCCAUCUAUUGCUGCUGUGACCGCUUCAAUGGACGCAAAGGCAUCUCGAUAUGCUGCUUCAAUUCGUGUUCAAACUGGUAGACAGGAAGUUAUUAGUGAUUUAGCAGAAAUGGUUAAAGAAUUAUUAAAAACAUUUUAUAUGACCUGUGGAAGAAAACCGGAUCGUAUUCUAUUCUAUCGAGACGGCGUUUCAGAAAGCCAAUUUUCUAUAGUAUUAAAGGAUGAAAUCAAGGCAAUAAAAGAAGCAUGCAAGUCUCUUGACGAGAAGUAUAAACCAACAAUAACUUUUGUAGUUAUACAAAAACGUCAUCACACUCGUUUUUUCCCAAUUAAUGCGAGAGAUGGCGAUAGAAUAGGAAAUUGUCCUUCUGGUACAGUAGUUGAAACAACAAUAGUACAUCCUUUUGAAUUUGACUUUUAUCUUCUAAGUCACCCUAGUUUGCAAGGGACUUCACGUCCGACUCAUUAUCACGUGUUACUUGAUGAAAACGGAUUCAAUGCAGACUCACUUCAAACAUUAACAUACAAUUUGUGCUAUGUUUUUGCUCGAUGCACUCGUGCAGUUUCUAUUGUUCCACCAGUGUAUUAUGCUCAUUUAGUUUGUGCUAGAGCAAGAUUUCAUGCAAGUGGUGAAAAUUGGAGCGAUCCAGAUACUUCAGAAGGUGCGGGGGGAGUAGCCAGAUAUGCUGCUGUAAAAGCUGAAUUACUAAAAGUUAUGUAUUUUAUGUAA